GGGGGUUGGCGUGCGCAGGCGCAGGACCAGUUUCGGACGCGUGAGGGGCGCUGAGACCGGAAGUUCACAUUUUCGCGGCGGUGGUUGAGACGCAGAAAACACCCGUGAGAAGUUGAUUUGCCGAGGAUCACACACCUUGUACAUGAUGAAGCUGAGAUUCAAACCCGGAUCCGCCUGACUCCAAAGCUUUUAUUGUCAACGGCUCCGAACCCUUUUAUGGUCAUAAACCCCUUUGAGAAUGAGUGAUGGCUUUCCCUCCUGGCCUAACACCCAGGGUGAACCUGUGUCCAUCCCAGAGAUUGCCGCAGAGUCCUGAGGUGCCCUGUGCGUCACCAGCUUGACCCCCUUCGGCCGCUCACCCUGCCAUCGCCUGCAGCGGGCCUGGACCGUCCCCGAGGAGGAAAAUUAGCUCUUUGAAGAGAAAGUGGUUCCUUACUGCAGGCCCUGGCCUCUGCAGGAGUCGGGGAUGGAGGAGAAUGUCUGGUCCAGGUGAUCAGAACUGAGCCAGUUUUGUGACGGCCUUGUGGUUAGGUCCAGCAUGCCUCCUCCCAGAACAAGGGAGGACAGGGACCACCGGGACCGGCACCGGGCUCCCCGUGAGGAGGAGGCUCCAGAGAAAUGGGACUGGAAUUGUCCAGAGACCCGGCAUCUGUUCGAGGACGCCUUCUUCCGCGACGAGGACUAUAUCCGCCAGGGCUCCGAGGAGUGCCAGAAGUUCUGGACCUUCUUUGAACGCUUACAGAGGUUCCAGCACCUCAAGGCCCCCCGGAAGGAGGACAGGGAACCCGGGCAUCCCAAGCACAGCAACCCGGCGCUGGCCGACCUGCCUGGUGCUUACGACCCGCGCUACCGCAUCAACCUCUCGGUCCUUGGCCCUGACCUGCGGGGCUCUCGGAGGCGGGGCAGGCACCUGCCCCCGGAGAGAGUGUCCGAGUUCCGCCAAGCCCUGGUGCACUACCUGGACUUUGUCCAGAAGCAGGCGUUCGGGAGGCUGGCCAAACUGCAGCGGGAGCGGGCGGCGCUGCCCAUCGCCCAGUACGGGCACCGCAUCCUGGAGACGCUGAAGGAGCAUCAGGUGGUGGUGGUGGCCGGUGACACCGGCUGUGGCAAGUCCACGCAGGUGCCCCAGUACCUGCUGGCCGCCGGCUUCAGCCACGUGGCCUGCACCCAGCCCCGGAGGAUCGCCUGCAUCUCGCUGGCGAAGCGCGUCGGCUUUGAGAGCCUCAGUCAGUAUGGCUCCCAGGUUGGCUACCAGAUCCGCUUUGAGAGCACGCGUUCGGCGGCGACCAAGAUUGUGUUCCUGACUGUGGGGCUGCUCCUGCGGCAAAUCCAGCGGGAGCCCAGCCUGCCCCAGUACCAGGUCCUGAUCGUGGAUGAAGUCCAUGAACGCCACCUCCACAACGACUUCCUCCUGGGCGUCCUCCGGCGCCUGCUGCCCAAGCGGCCUGACCUCAAGGUCAUCCUCAUGUCAGCCACCAUCAACAUCUCGCUCUUCUCCAGCUACUUCGGAAGCGCCCCUGUGGUGCAGGUGCCCGGCAGGCUCUUUCCCAUCACGGUUGUAUACCAGCCGAUUGAGGCCGAGCCGUCAGUGUCCAAAUCGGAGAAGCUGGACCCGCGGCCCUUCCUGAGGGUCCUGGAGGCCAUCGACCACAAGUACCCGCCCGAGGAGCGGGGCGACCUCCUGGUCUUCCUCAGCGGCAUGGCCGAGAUCAGCGCCGUGCUGGAGGCCGCCCAGCCCUACGCCAGCCACACCCAGCGCUGGGUGGUGCUGCCGCUGCACAGCGCCCUCUCUGUGGCCGACCAGGACAAGGUAUUUGACGUGGCCCCCCCUGGAGUCCGGAAAUGCAUCCUCUCCACCAACAUCGCUGAGACCUCAGUCACCAUCGACGGGAUCCGCUUUGUAGUCGAUUCUGGGAAGGUGAAGGAGAUGAGCUACGACCCCCAGGCCAAACUGCAGCGGCUGCAGGAGUUCUGGAUCAGCCAGGCCAGUGCCGAGCAGCGGAAGGGCCGGGCGGGGCGCACAGGCCCUGGCGUCUGCUUCCGCCUCUACGCUGAAUCCGACUACGAUGCCUUUGCCCCCUACGCUGUGCCGGAGAUUCGGAGGGUCGCCCUGGACGCACUGGUGCUGCAGAUGAAGAGCAUGAGCGUGGGAGACCCCCGAACCUUCCCCUUCAUCGAGCCCCCCCCACCAGCCAGCCUGGAAACGGCCAUCCUCUACCUCCGGGACCAGGGGGCUCUGGACAGCUCCGAGGCCCUCACCCCUAUCGGGUCCCUGCUGGCCCAGCUGCCUGUGGACGUCGUGAUUGGGAAGAUGCUGAUCCUGGGCUCCAUGUUCCACCUGGCGGAGCCCGUGCUCACCAUCGCGGCCGCCCUCAGCGUCCAGUCGCCCUUCACCCGCAGUGCCCAGAACAAUCCGGAAGGUGCGGCAGCGCGGCGGCCCCUGGAGAGUGACCUGGGCGACCCCUUCACGCUCUUCAAUGUCUUCAACACCUGGGUGCAGGUGAAAUCUGAACGGAGCAGAAACUCCCGGAAGUGGUGCCGCCGCCGGGGCAUAGAGGAGCAUCGGCUGUAUGAGAUGGCCAACCUGCGGCGCCAGUUCAAGGAGCUGUUGGAGGACCACGGGCUGCUGGCCGGGGCCCAGGCCGCGAAGCCGGGGGACAGCUACAGCCGGCUGCAGCACUGCAGGGCCGCCAGCUCGGCCCAGGCCCUGACCCGGGACCAGAUGGCCCUGCUCAAGCUGGUGCUGGCCCGGGGCCUCUACCCGCAGCUCGCCAUCCCGGACCCGUUCAACAGCGGCCGCAAGGACUCGGAUCAGAUUUUCCACACCCAGGCCAAGCAGGGCACCGUGCUGCACCCCACGUGCGUCUUCGCCAGCAGCCCCGAGGUGCUGCACACGCAGGAGCCGGAGGCCAGGGGCAGUGAAGGGAGCCGAGAUGACAAGGACAAGAUGAGCAGCAAGCACCAGCUGCUCACCUUCGUCUCCCUGCUGGAGACCAACAAGCCGUACCUGGUGAACUGUGUCCGCGUCCCUGCUCUCCAGUCCCUCCUGCUGUUCAGUCGGUCCCUGGACACCAAUGGUGACUGCUCCCGCCUGGUGGCUGAUGGCUGGCUGGAGCUCCAGCUUGCAGACAGUGAAAGUGCAGUCCGGCUCCUGGCGGCCUCCCUGCGGCUCCGUGCCCGCUGGGAAAGUGCCCUGGACCGGCAGCUGGCCCGUCAGGCACGUCGGGGGCAGCCGGCGAAAGAAGAGGAAGAGGAGGAGGAGGAGGAGGCUCCGGUCAACCGCCAGGAGGUGGUGGCCCUGAGCAGGGAGCUGCUGCAGUUCACAGCAGCCAAGGUCCCCUACGCUCUCCGGCGGCUCACGGGGCUUGAAGCCCAGAACCUCUAUGUGGGGCCCCAGACCAUCACCACUGCCCCCAGCCUCCCCGGCCUCUUUGGCAGCUCUCCCCUGUCCCCCCACCCCACCAAAGGGGGCUACGCAGUCACCGACUUCCUCACCUACAACUGCCUCUCGAGCGACACAGAUCUGUACAGCGACUGUCUCCGCACCUUCUGGACCUGCCCCCACUGCGGCUUGCACAUGCCUCUGACGCCCCUGGAGCGCAUCGCCCACGAGAACACCUGUCCCGAGGCCCCGCCGGCCGGCCCCCCAGGGGCUGAGGAAGCCGCCCCUGAGCCCCAGCAGAAGACGUCUGCUCUGCAGAGGCCUUACCACUGCGAGGCCUGUCAGAGAGACUUUCUGUUCACGCCCACGGAGGUGCUGCGGCACCGCAGGCAGCAUGUGUGAGCCCGGCCGGGCCGGGAGCCCAGGGCAGGGCCGCGGACUCCACCCGAACCCCCAUCCUGCGCUCAGAACUACAGUCUGGACGUGUGUCAUUCCCCCACACACAGUGGGGAGGGGUAUGAAUAAAGUGACACUCUGA